AUGAUAGCAGGAUUUCUAGCAGCUGCAUGUCGUAUAAAGCCCUUAUCUCAUUGUGAAAAGGGAUCAAAUUCAUUACAUAAAUGUCUUACACUAAUAGAUCUAGUAGCGUAUGGAGUCGGAUGUUCCGUAGGUGCUGGUGUCUAUUCCCUUGUUGGUGUUGGUGCACAGAUUACAGGACCAAGUAUUUCACUGUCAUUCUUUAUCAGUGGCAUUGCUUGUAUGUUUACGUCACUCACCUACUCAGAAUUUGCAGCUCGUGUACCUGUCACGGGCUCUGCGUACACAUUCGUGUAUAUUACGUUUGGAGAGCUGUCUGCGUGGUUAAUUGGUUGGAAUCUAACGCUUGGAUACGGUAUUUCAGCAGCCGGUAUUGCACGGAGUUGGGCUUCGUAUGCCCACUUGUUCUUGCAACAUUUCGGUCUUUAUCUUCCAAAGUGGCUUGUACGUGUAGAGAUUCAUGGUGUCUCGUAUAGUAUCCUAGCAGCGUUUCUCGUGAUCUGCUGUACUUUCAUUCUACUCGCUGGCGUUCGCGAGUCUGCCAAGUUUAAUUCAUUUGUGACACUAUUGAACAUCUCGGUACUGCUUUUCGUAGUGGCAUUUGGAAGUACUGAAGUUGAUACUACAUACUGGAAACCAUUUAUGCCUGCUGGUUUUCACGGUGUCCUGACGGGUGCUGGCGUGGUCUUUUUCGCGUACUUGGGGUUUGAUAUGGUAGCUUGUCUCGCCGAAGAGGUACAUGAGCCCCAACGCACCCUGCCCAAAGGAAUCAUUGGCUCGCUCUUGAUUUCAAUGAUUAUUUACAUUGGCGUUUCGCUCGUGGUGACUGGAAUGGCACCUGUGAGCAUCUUGGGGGACGAAGUUCCGCUUGUAAAUGCCUUUAUGUUCCAUGACGCACCGUGGGCCGGGCGUAUAGUGUCGUUCGGCUCGAUUUUUGGACUUACCACAGCUGCAUUUACCUGUCUGAUGGGUCAACCUCGUAUCUUUUACCAGAUGGCCAAGGAUGGUUUGCUGCCACCACUCUUUGCCACGCUUCACCGCAGAACGCAUGUGCCUGUUGCUAGUACAAUAUUAACUGGGACGAUUGUUUCGAUCAUCGCGUUUCUCUUUGAGCUUGAUUUUCUAGCCAACGUGAUUUCGUGCGGAACGUUACAAGUCUUUACUUUUGUAAAUACUGGCGUUCUUCUUCUGCGCAUGCGUCCAAGUUUUAGUGGUGCUAGCGUUAUCCACCGUGUUCUAUUAUACGUGAUAUCGUGCUUUGCAUUAUCGCUAUCUUUUGUGUUUGAUCUUUCCUGGAUUAUUCAAGGCGUGUUCGCAUUGCUCGUGAUCGCUUCAUUCAUGUUCAUUUAUCGAUUGGGCAAGCUCAGUGGCCUUCCAACAUCAUUUCAGUGCCCACUCGUGCCGCUUGUACCGUGCGUCGGGAUUCUUGCAAAUGUAUACAUGGUGGCAAGUAUCCCCAGUGAGGGCUGGAUCGGUGUGCUCAUCUGGUUGAGUGUGGGGCUGGCUGUGUACUUGUGCUACGGACUUCGUCAUAGCCUGCUAGCGGAUCUAGAGCUUUUACGCCCACUUGUUUGA